CGGCAACACUGGUGGACAAUCAGCUGACUUUGACAUGUCUGUCUUUUACUUUUGCAUUUGAUUGGCCAAUAAAACCCCCCUCUCCAAUUUUUGUUGUGUUGAUAUUUUCAAAAUUAGAAUAAUUUCGUGCCCUUUUAGUUUUUAAUAAUAAUUUUUAAAUAAUUAAUAUUCCCAAGUGAAAAAUGUGUGCAGAUUUCACUAGAGUCAAAGAAUCAUUGGUAGACAAAAUCCUAGAGCAAGGGCAAAAACUAAGAAAUUCAAUGGUACAAUCGAUAUUACAAAAUGACCCAAUGAGCUCAGCAGAUAUUAUUUAUAAUAAUAAAAUAUACAAUACUCCAGUAAAUAGUGCUACGACAUUAUCCAAUGAAAACCCAAAAAAAAAUUCAAAAUUACUAGAAGCAUUUUUAAAUGGGGAUUAUUUGACUAAAGACCAAGAAGAGUUAGCUUUAAGUACAAUAAGAUCAAUGCCUGUAUCCGAUGUAUGUGAAACAACCCAAAAAACACUUUCAUCAAAAUGCUGUUGCGCCACUUGUACAGCAUAUUCCAUAAACAAUUUAAAUUGUGAUUUAAGACGAACUCCAAAUUGUAGCAAUUUACGUAGAGAAUUUACUAUAUUCAAAUUUGUAGAUUCCCUAAAAGUAAUUUUACAAAGUUUAAGUUUGAAUGAUUUUGGUAAUAAAAAGGUCAAUACAAAAGAAACUAAUUCUACUUUAAAUGAAACUUAUUUUAUUGAAUAUUAUAUACCAGAAGUUUUCACUAGGAAUAUAAAAACCAAAUCAAAAACUGAUAGCGGAUUGGAAAGUGGUCACGUAAGGGUUUGUGCCAAAAGAACUACCAAUAAUGUAAUUCACAUAAAACAAACCUACAUCCACUCAGUGUGCAAUUUUUACAAUCACAACUUAGAAGACUACGAUAUAACGUUUUUGAUAAAAUACAAAACAAAAGGACAAACAAAAUCGCAACUAUUAGGAAUUAGUAAAUUGAAUUUAGGGGUUUUUAAGCAUACCAAAAAUGCUUCAUGUGGAAAAUCCUUGCCAAUACACUUAAAUGAAGAAUCCCCCAUUAGUGUUGGUACAUUUAAAGUAACUUUACAAUUGGGAGCUGGCAAAUUGUAUUUCGGACAAGAAUUUGUCGAUGCUGUUUUAUUUAAUGAGAAAGAAUCUGAAAAUAAUGACUCAGAUGUUUCAGAAGAGGAAAAAUUAACUAAUGUAGCUAAAACUUUAGUAGAAAAUAAGGUUACAGCGAUUGUAGAGCCUGUAAAAGAAAUUCCUUUAGUUGAAAAAUCGAGUCAGGAGUUUGAGGGAGAAUUAUUGUUUGGAUUUCUUUAUGUGUCAGAAGCUAAUUUUGCAAAUUUGAGACUUAACUCUUAUAUUUUAUGCCAGCCUUACUGCCAAAAUGAUACUUCGUCUAGUAGAAUAGUGUUUAAUAGCUCAGAUCCGCUUUAUAAUUUUUGUCAGACUAUUCCGCUCCUUUACGAAGAAAGCCUGCUACUGAAACUACGAGAAAACUUCAUGGUUAUUGAGUUUUGGGAAAAACAAGAUCAAAGUGACAUUUUAUUUGGCUCUACCCGUCUACCCUUACACCAAUUUUAUUUAGGCUACAGAAAUACAAUAAUUUUCAACCAUUUAAAACGUAAUAAGCUUCCAAUCAUUGGCACUGAUUGGUGGGAACCAAUUUAUUCCAUUGACCAUAACAAACUAAUUGGACAAGUGCAAGUAUUAACCGCUCUAGGCACUGAAGAGCAAAUAAGAAACUUGGAAAUUGAAAGAGGCUUCAAAAACGAUAUUGUUAAAGCCAAAUUUCCUAUUAAAACAACUCAAAUUAAAAAAACUAUUGACUCAAAGCAACCUUCUACUUAUUUCAAAGAUAGAACUAAAAUCAAUAAAAAGCCACUAGUUAAAAAUAAACAAGACAUUGCUGUUCAGUCUGAAAUAAAAAUGGAUAAAGAGGAUAAAAAUCCACAAGAUAUGCUGGCAUCUUUUUUGAAGAUUUUGGAACAAAGACAAAAACCACCCUGCGUGGAAAGCAGCACCAAUACUGACUCCACAAAAACUCCCGAGCCCCAACUAAAAAAAACCUCCGAUUUACUGGAUUCUUUGCAAACCGUCUUGAGCGUAGCUCCUCCAUCGAAAAAACCCAUUGAAAAGCCACCCCAUUUCAAGGCCCAAAUCAACAUAAACAGUGCCAACCAGUUGCCCAGUAGAAGAAAAAUCAAAAGCAAAUCAAAAAGACUCAAAAAUGUUAAACAGGAAGACAAUAUUUUGCCCAGUACUUAUGUGACUUUUGAGACUUUACCCGGUGAAAACUUGCAAAUAACUAAUGUAUUUCCAAAAAGCACUCAACCUCAGUGGAAUUUUACUUGCCAAGCGUGUUUGCCAACAGAACUCUUAACUAAUGGUUCGAAAAGAUUAAUUUUCAAAGUAUGGAAAAAAUGUACCAAUGCAGUAUUACAACCCAACAUGCAAACCGAUUUGGUAUUAGGAUUUGCAGCCUUGGAUUUAAGUGUACUAGCUGUGGGGCUACCUAAUGUGCAAGGCUGGUUCAAUAUCAUGGAUUUUUCUGGCAAAUGUAAUGGACAAAUCAAUAUCCAUGUAAUUCCUUUGGAGAAAAUUGAAAAAACAAGCUGCAAUAUUUUGAAGAAGACUGAAGCAAUAUUACCAUUAAAUCAAAUGGUGGAAAAUGAAGAGGGUAAUGAGGUUUUGAGUAGGGCUUUGAAAAGAAAAUUUACAGAAUUGGACGAGAUUACCCAAAGACUGCGAUUAAGGCUGUCUGAAGUUGUCAGUGAAGAUUCUGAAAAUUCCAACGACGAUAAUGUAACUGACGAAUUUGAACAUGAUAUAAACAAUUUAUGCAUCGAAGAAGAUUUUGAUUUGAUAAAUUUUGAAGAUGAAGCUAAAAAACUGAAUCAAAUUACGGUUCAAACUGAUGAAAACUUAUUACAAUCUUCUGAUAAACAUUUAAUUGAAGGCAAACACCGUAUUGACACUCUUUUAGAGAAGCUUAGUCUAAUGACAGCAGAGGCCAGCAAACCAUUUACAGACAGAUAUGUUUCUGGAUGUUCAACAGUUUCCAAUGAAGGCAAAGAUAUUGAAGUGAUUUUUAAAAAUCUGGAACAAAAUUCUAGACCAAAUAUUACUGCAACAAAUAAUUAUGGUCAGGAUUUUUGUGCAGACUCUGGAGCUAAUACUGCAAGUGGUAGUAAUGAUAUUAGCUUGGCUAGUUGCAGUAGUAGGCCUAAUCCUGUUGGACAAGGAAAGACUAGUGAGGAUAAGAAAGUGUAAAUUAAUAAUUAAGAAAUUGUAUUACUUUUUAUGGUGAAUGUAUUUGAAAUAAUAAAUUUCAAUUUUUUAUAGGAUAUAGGGUAGUGGAGGAUGAUUUUUAAUGUCGUAAUUAUAAUAAUAUUCAAUGUGAUAUGUUUUUUUUAUUUCCGAAUACACUUAGAGGCAAGUUGAGGUAGAAAUUUA